AUGAAAGCCCCUUCCUCAGGUUCCCAGGAGCGUGUGUACGCUCCGAGGACCAACACUCCGGCCGUCGCUGCGCGUUCGAGCCAAAUGGCGGCGGCAACCUCCAAGGCCCGGCCGAGGGAGUCUAAAAAGCACGGUUCCAAGAGAUACAGCAAAUCAAACAAGCCUGUGCUCGUGGACGACUUUCCCUUUGAUAGGGCCUUGGGGAGAGGACGGAAAGGCAUUGACAUAAGUCAUCUGGUAGAGUUCCAGCUGCCAGAACAUAACCUGGUGACCGACACCGGCCGUCGGCCGGGCUCCAAAAAACAUCGUGCUCAGAGUGUCCGGCUGAACCUUACCGGCCGCCAGAAUGUGAACGUCAACUACAGGUUUAUUGUGGAUUAUCGUGGGGAUUACAGGACGCAGAUUUUGGACCCAAACGUGCCUCUGGACGACGCCUCAAUUCUGCGGGUGCUGAUCAACAAAAACGACCACCAGUGUCCUAUCUGUCUGGGAGACGAGUUCAUUGCUCCCCGGAUGACGCGGUGCGGCCAUGUUUUCUGCUACACGUGCUUGUUGCGGCUUUUUGCCGCCUUUUCGACCCAGGAGGACUACCGAGGCCGCGUCAAGUGUCCGCUCUGUUCUGAGGACAUUAGAGAAAAGCACGAAUUGCUUCCUGUGCUGAUCACAAAGAUUGACGAACGGUUCGAGCAGCCGUCUGUUGAUCAGCCAGUGGAUCUCGAGCUCAUGUACAGACCUGCCUCGCGGGUCUUUGCCCAGCCGUUCCGUCUCUACCUGGAGAAUUGCCAGUUUGACGGCGACAUUCCCUGGAUACCCAACUCCGCCACUGUCGACAACUUUUUGAACGACUCGCGCUACGUGAAAUAUUCGAGGAUAAUGCAAUGUGGACCAGACUUCGCCAUCAAGUGUUUUGAGCAGGAAUUGGAGACGCUCCAGUUACAUAGGUCUCUGGACUCCGAGCUUUACGGCGACAGCACACACCACUACGAGCUGGCCGAGCUCAAGAUCCGUUCGCACAUGGACGCUAUGGCGGCUUCCUUUGCGGAGUCGUCUCAGGCGGCGAUCCCAGAGUCUCCAGAUAGUCUGAGUCUGCAUUUCGAUGAGCUAACUCUCCGUCAGCACCAAUUUCAAGAAACGGAAAAGGGCUUUUUUUUCUACCAAACCUCAUUCAACUCUAGCGUCAAGUACUUUCUCACCAAUUUGGACGUUCAGAUCCUCAGGUCGUUGUACGGCGACUACUCCGCGUUUCCGCUCACUCUGCAUCCCAUUCUUGAGAACAUAAGUUACGAAUACUCGCCUCUGACCGAGGAAACCAUUGGCAAGUUAAAGUAUCUUGGACAUUUGCCUGUUGGCACGGAAAUAGGGUUUUUGGAACUCGACUGGACAGAUCAGCUACCCCAAUUUCCUAAAGAGAUCUCUGCUCGCUUCAGCAAGAAACUCAGCGAACGCAGUCGGGCGUCGCGAAAUAAAAAGCGCAGAGAAGACCGCAGCAAGGCGGCUUUUGAAAAAGAGCUGGAAUUGAAAACCCUGCAGUUCUACUCAAAAGAGAACAACCUGAGCUUGACCGAUUACGGGUACGGCGAACAGGCGUCGUCACACACGUUUGUGGAGUCUAAUGCUCCGCCCUUAGGUGAGGACGUGCUGCUCCCUGAAAACGAGUCCAAAUACAAGACCACGGUCUGGGGAACCAGAAUCCUGAAGUCCGAGGACCCUGAGUCGGACCAUUACGACGCAGAAGCAGAGAUGAUCAUUCAACAGGCCAAAAAGACGGCAAACGCUACUGGAAAAAAGAAAAAGAAGAUCGUGUUAAGCUUCACAUAA